AUGAACCUUUGGAGAAUUACAUAUAUUUCAGAAGAUAAACAUGAAACAUUAAGUCAAUUUUAUUCUAUUGAACGGAAUGAAAUUUUUGAAAAAUAUAUGAAUUUAUGGAAAGAAUUGAAAGGAGUUGUAUCAUUUCCUAUAAAAUAUUCUAGUGAACUUGCGUCUUAUAAAUUAAUUACAAUUCAUUGGUGCCGACAAGAUAGCUGUGUAAGGCCACCGUUUGCUACAAUUCCAUCAAAUGGUAUUUAUAUAAUGAUAUAUCCAUUAGAUGCUUCAAAGAUGACAUUUUCUACUUUAAGUUUUUUAAAAGAUUUAUGGAAGAAUAAAACACCCACAUGGGAAUCCUUUGUUGAUAAUAAAACUGGAAAGUUAUAUUAUGACUCUACGAUUUCAUCAAGUUCUUUUUUAUUGGAUUUAAUUUGCAUGUUUAAUAGGCAUUUAUGUGAUCAAAAAGAUAUAGAAAGUAUUGGUCAAAUUGAACUUUUUAUUUAUCCUUCAUCAAAAACAAUAGUUGUAAAAAUAGUAUGGAAAUUGCGUCUAAAAAGUUUGGAUUGGAAUAAAUAUUCAAAAUUUUUGCAAAAUACAUCAGCACAUGUUGAAAUUGGGCUUCUUGAACCAAUUUCUAAUGUCACUAAAAGGAUUAAAUAUCUUUGGAGAAGAGCAGUUCUUGGACAGUUUAAUAUACUAGAACCAUAUACUACAUUUUUUUCUAAUGAUUUUCUUGAUAAUUCUUUUAUUCAUUCUGAAGUUAUUUCUUCCAAAGGGUUUCAUAGAAAAAUUCGAUCUAAAAUAACUAUUUCAAAGUUACAAAAUGAUACUUGUUCUUUAUACAUCCUUUAUUAUCUUCCUAAAUUCGUAUAUGUUGAUAAAUAUCAAUUAGAAAAUCUGGUUCAUUUCAAUAUUGGCAAUCUUAAAAAAAUCCAUUUUAUACGAGGAGAAACAAAUCUUGAGGCUGCGUCUUGGCAAUUAAACAAAUGGGGAAGUCUAAUAUUGGUUGAAGCUUUAACUCAUCAAAAUAUUUCUUUUUUUGUCGAUUUACCUAUUCAUCUUCGCUAUUAUUUACCUAUGAAGAAUAAAUUUCACACUUUUAACCUUUCUCUUCCAACUUCUUUUUAUUUUUGUGAAUCAUUACAAGAUAUAUCUACUUCUCAAUCACCUUUUUCAUCUAGUUGGCAACUAUUUCAUGAUCAUUUUUCAAAAAAUGGCACAUUUCAUUUUUUGCAUCAUUCAAAUCAUAACUAUUCUACUUCUAUGACAAUUCAUAUACCUGUUCUUAAUUCAAGUCAUAUUUUAUUCGUUCAAAUUGGAACAUUUUUAGUCAUAUUAACAUCCUUUCUAUAUAUAUUACUUAAAAUCUUUAUUUCAUCUCAAAAAUCUGGGAUAUUUAAACAUAAAAUCAUAUAA